ACCAGUUGUCAGUUCCAGUCACUCGGCCUGUCAGCGUUUACUUGUGAAGGAGGGGAAGUUGCGAAAAACAAACGGUGGGGAGGACACAGCUGCACUGUCCUGGUUCUUUUGAUCGGUAUCUUCUUCACCUGGGCUCUGACACCUGAUCUGGGGGUCCAGAAACCUUCCUAACUCACCUGGAAAGCAGAGUAAUCAAUUGGAAAUCACCUCAAGUCCCGAAGAGGCGACUGGCGUCUAGGUCAUGGCAGGAAGAGGCGGAGCUACAAGACCGAAUGGGCCGAACGCAGCCAGCAACAAAAUCUGUCAGUUCAAGCUGGUGCUGCUGGGAGAGUCCGCAGUGGGGAAGUCCAGCCUGGUCCUCCGCUUCGUCAAAGGCCAGUUCCACGAGUUUCAGGAGAGCACGAUAGGAGCUGCAUUCCUGACUCAGACAGUAUGUUUGGACGACACGACGGUGAAGUUCGAGAUCUGGGACACAGCUGGUCAGGAACGCUACCACAGUUUGGCUCCCAUGUAUUACAGAGGAGCGCAGGCCGCCAUAGUGGUGUAUGACAUCACGAACGAAGAAUCGUUUGCACGUGCAAAGAAUUGGGUGAAGGAGCUUCAGAGGCAAGCCAGUCCCAAUAUCGUAAUAGCUUUGGCUGGGAACAAGGCGGACCUCGCAAACAAGAGAGCACUGGACUUUCAGGACGCACAGUCUUACGCAGACGACAACAGUCUGCUGUUUAUGGAGACGUCAGCGAAGACGUCGAUGAACGUGAAUGAGAUUUUUAUGGCUAUAGCAAAGAAGCUUCCCAAGAGCGAGCCACAGCCUGCCGGAGCGAGCACGGGCCGGAACCGAGGAGUGGACCUUGCAGAGACUGCCCAGCCUGCCAAAGGGCCGUGCUGCAGCAACUAACCCCCGCCACACCUCCCAACACACACCUCACCUCCCAACUAACUCUGCAUCACUUCGGGACAUGGGGCGCAUCCUUCCAAACCUCGCUCCCUGGAACUGCUAAAGACUCUGUAUAGCUAUGUUUCUAAUACCUGUUUUUGUUUCGUUUUGUUUUUUUCUUUUCUUUUCUUUUCUUUUUUACUUUUAUUUUUUAAGAAAUUAUAAGUACUUCAGUAUAAUGGAUGCAUGUAUCACUACAAAGCCUAAAGUACACGUUUUUAACUUAACUCAGCAGGAAAGUUAACUAGAUGGAACGAAAGGAGAGGAAGAGUGUGUUAGAGUGAAUGGAUGUGUGUGUAUGUGUGUGUGUAUGUGUGUGUAUAGUUUAGUUUAUAGUGUUAAGGGAAUGACUGAUGAUGGAUGACUGAUGUUGAGGCACAGUGAUCGGACCCUAUCGGUAACAGGGUCUCAGUCAUUCUAAUCCCAGGCGGAGGUUGGAUGAUAGUAUUCGCUGCCCGGCACAGCAGUAGGAUCAGCUUCAGUGUGGUUGAGUGCCGUAGUGGAGAAAAAUACAGAAUUGCAGCAAAUGUGGGCAUCAUAAACAUAAUUCUACAUAAAUUCAUACUAAAAAACUCAAUUUUAGUGCAUGCCAGUUAAUCUGGAGUACAUUCGGCCUCUUAAAUUGCCCUGUGUUACGUUCCUUAACUGGCAGUUCAGGCUACGUUCACAUUACAGGCCUCAUUAAUCAGUUAAAAUCAAUUUUUGUUCAGCUCUGAUUUGGUAAAAUCUUGAUCUGUUCACAUACAUAAACAUAUUACUGUAUUUUUUGCACUAUAAGGCGCAUCAGGUUAUAAGGUGCACUAUCAAAAAACAUCUAUUUUCAUACUCAGGACUCAUUUAAAGCGACACUAGUAAGGAACAGGGGUGUCACCAUGUUUUCCGUCUAAUUCAGCAUUUUUCUCCUCUGGUGGGGAAGGUUAAAUAAGUUAAGUAAAGCUAAGCUAAGUAAACAAAACUGUAAUUCUUAAAAAUAUAUUGGAUGUUAAUCUACACAGAUUUCUCUCCUGGGUAAGUAAAGCACGUUUAUGUACAGUAAGCUUAGAUUCUCAAAUUUCUUCAGCACUAUGGCUGGAGCAUUAGCAUUAGCAGGUAACCACUAGCUCUAGCAGUGCUAGCCGGGGUUAGCAGCAGGCUACAGGCCAAUAAUAAUCACUUCUGAACAACGAAAGAGCUAACAGUUGGCGCGGAUAGUGGCUAAUGUUAAUGCUGCUCCAGCAGUGCUAGCCGGGAUUAGCAGCAGCCUUCAGUCCGAUAACACUCACCUCUUAAUGGCGAAAUAGCUAGCAAGCGCUUAGCGCGGUUAGUGGCUAAGCUAAUACUGCUAAACUAAACUAAAACUCCUGUAUAACUCUGUACUUCAGCAGAGUGGAUUUACUGCUCCUUAAUACCUGACUGGUAGAAUUCAUACAUAAGCAGCACCGGAUUAUAAGGUGCAGUGUCGAUUUUUAGGAAAAUUAAAGGAUUUUAAGUGCAUCUUAUAGUGCAAAAAAUAUAGUAAGUGACUAUAUAUUACAAAAAGCUUCAUACCCACGCCAGCCAAUCAGAUGCAUUUCCAAUCUAGUUGCGGUUGAGUCAUAAUCAAUUCCUGCUGUUUUGACUACUGUUUAUGCCUCUGCUCUCACUGUAUCCAUGUUUUCAGUCUUUACAUGUUCCACAUAAACUAUUGCUGCUCUGUCCGGGUAACAAGCUAACGAGAGGCAGUUCAGGGUGGAGAAAAGCCCCUCUGUUCUCUGAUAUGAGAAGGCUUUGGUGACCUACUGUUCCUGUUCAGUCAUAAGGUCUGGAACAGCCACGAUUGGCUCUCAACACAGCAGGAUUGAUGCAGUAUUGUGCCACUGUAGCCACAUUCAAAAAGUGAUAAGUUAUAAGUGAUAAGACUGCACCUUUUAUAAAAGUCACUGAGUGCGUUUACAUGCCCUCAAAAAUCUGUUCAUAAUCAGAUUUCUGCAGUAAUGAACUGGAUUAUUUACGUAGACAUGAAAACAGCAUUCCCUAGCUUCUUAGAUUGGAGUAAGAGCUAAAAAUCUGAUUAAGGGAGCUGGAUUUUUUUCAGCUUAGUAAUUAGAAUCAGUAAUUAGCCCAUGUAAACCCUUAAAAGGUCUUAAAAUCGGAUUUCAGAGCUCACAAAGUUCUUAAUCAGAUUUCUCAGUCAAUGGAAACUCUUAGCAUGAGUAUUCUUGGAUUUCUUAGUCAGGGCGUUCACUUACGAUUGAACUAAGGUCUAAAAUUCUAAUUAAGAACAGGAUUUGUUGUUAGCUCUGUACUCAGAUUUUUCAGUCCAUGGAAACUCUUAACCAGAGUAUUCAGAUUUUGCAGGUAUAAAAUCUGAUUACAGAGCUAAAAAAAAAAAAAUAAAAAACCCUUAAUCAGAAUUCUUAUUCAGAUUUCUCAGUCAGCACAUUCACUAAAGAUUGAACUAAUGUCUAAAAUCUGAUUUUAAGGCCAACCAAAAAUAUCUAGCUCCCUUAAUCUGAAUUCUUAAUCAGAUUUCUCGGUCCAUGUAAAAUCUUAAUUGGAAUAUUAUCAGAUUUCUAAGUCGGCGCAUUCACUACAGAUUAAACUAUAGUCUUAAAAUCUGAUUAAGAACUCUGAUUAAGUGAGCUGGAUUUGUUUUUAGCUCUGUAAUCAGAUUUCUUAGUCCAUGGAAACUUGUAACCAGAGUAUUAUCAGAUUUCUCAGUCUGGUCAUUCAUUAAAAAUUACAGAGCUAACAAAAACAUCUAGCUCCUUUAAUCAGAAUUCUUAAGCAGAUUUCUCAGUCUGCACAUUCAUUAAAGAUCAAACUAAGGUCUAAAAUAAGUCACAAAAUAAGUCUACCACUCUUAAUCAGAUUUCGCAAUCCAUGUAAACCAGACUAUUCUCUGGUUCCUCAGUCAGCGCGUUCACUAAAGAUUGAACUAAGGUCUUAAAAUCUGAUUAAGAACUCUGAUUAAGAACUCUCUGUACUCAGAUUUCUUAGUCCAUGUAAACUCCUAACCUGAGUAUUGUCUGUGCAUGUGUGAAAAUAGACCCGGUAGUCCAAGAAUUUAUUAAGCAGUGUUUAAAACUCAUAUUUUGGCUUAGUGGGUUUUAUGUGAUGUUUCCGUCAAAAUUUAUGUACGCCAUAAAACACGAGGGAGUGCUGUAACGUGUAAUAUUAGCACUGCUGUGCUGCGGUCAUAGUGCCAAUAUUACAUGUUAUAGCACGAAUCUCGAGUGUAUUAUUGCAACUAUACCACAGUUUCAUUAUCGCUUUUUAUUAAAAGAUUUUGAGUUAAAGAGGAGGAAAAAAAUACAAUCUGUUUGGUUAUAAAAACUCUGCGAGUUAAAAUAGUUCCAUUGCUGCUCUGUUUGUAGCUGCGCUGUUUGGUUUGUAAGCGCUUGGCUUGUAAUCGUUGCUAGGUUACCUGUAUGUGGCGGAGUAAUAUAUGGAGAGCUUCGGUUACAGUGCAUUACCAGCUGAUAACAGCACUCAUAGAACGUCUCUCAGCCAAUCACAUCGCAGGGUCUGAACUAACUGUGGUAUGAAUUAUUAUAACCUGACUAUAUUAUAUUCCUAUAACUCUGAGAUUUCCUGUUAUCUGAUUGCCCACAAUCAUGAAAAACGUGUUAAUCAGAUUAAUCAGACUAACUUUGAUAAUCUGCAGUAAUCAGAUUAUGAACUUCAUGUAUAAGCACUCACUUUUAGAAAAGGCCAAGACAGUCUAUGAACAAAUGCUCUGUCUGGUAAUAUAAAAUAAAGAAAUCCCAAUAUAUCAAUAUAUUGAUGCAUCCAUCUCAACAAGCUAAUGCUACUCCAACCGCUCGCCAUGAAAGACAGUAUGUAUGCACUCUUCUUUAUUGUACAGUUCCCUUUAAAAAGCCUUUCUUUUCACAGAUUUGGGCAAAUAAUGUAUGAUGAUAGUCUUUUUUUUCAUGUAUGUAGUGUUAUUAACAAAUCGACUUGACAUUUA